ACUUUAUUUCAUCAGUGAUAUUGUCAACAAAAAAACCUAAAGCUAUUGUGUUUGUAAAAAGUGUGAUCAUGUCAGAAAAACGGCCUAUGUUUGUCAAACCCGGUGAAAACUCGCUAUAUCCAAUCAAAAAUAAAGACGGUACUGUUGAAACAUUAGUCAAUCCGAACGUAGAGUCAGCGCUGAGUAUUGACAAUGACUCCAAAACAAGCUUCGUGUAUAACAGAUACCACCACCUGCCAAUGUCCACACAGAGGCAGAAACUGCCAGUGUUUCAAUACAGGAACCACAUACUGUAUCUACUGGAAAAGCACCAGACGCUCAUCUUGAUCGGUGAGACCGGCUGCGGCAAGUCCACACAAGUGCCACAGUAUCUCCUCGAGAUCGGCCAUCGUGUCUGCGUGACACAGCCGCGCGUGGCCGCCACCAUGACGCUCGCGGCCCGCGUCGCGGACGAGCGCGGCGAGCGAGUGGGCGAGACAGUGGGGUUUGCCGCUGCCAUGCGCUCCGAGAGGUCUGCCGAAACGCAGCUAUCUUUCCUCACCGAGGGAACCCUGCUUCGGGAGAUGUUCGCUUCGCCCCUGCUGAUGCAGUAUACCUGUAUUGUGUUGGACGAGGUGCAUGAGCGCUCGCUGAUGACGGACAUCCUCAUGGGGCUGCUGAAGAAGAUCGCCAAAAAACGCAAACACCUCAAGCUGGUGAUAUCAUCAGCGACGAUGGAUGCACAGUUCCUGCGGGAGUAUUUCGACCUGGGAGGUGGAACUAGUGUCAUCAUGUCGAUGGAGGGGCGAGUGCAUCCGAUAGAUGUGUUCUAUGCGGCGGAGCCGGUCCCGGACUACGUGCAGGCGACAGUGGAGACGGUGAUCAAGAUACACGAGAACCAGCCCUUCGGAGACAUACUGGCCUUCCUCACAUCACAGGAGGAGAUCCUCUCAGCACUCGAAACCCUCAACACGUACGCCGAAGACAACAACGACCGCAACGAGCGCAGGAAGCACUUCCCAUCAGGUGUGGGAGCGGUCAACAUGCUCGUUCUGCCGCUAUACGGAACCCUGCCUCAUUACCGACAGCUGAAGGUGUUUCAGUCAGCCGAUGGGAAGACGAGGAAAGUGGUGUUGGCCACUAAUAUAGCUGAGACCAGUGUUACCAUACCGGGCAUUAACUAUGUGAUAGACUGCGGGUUCCACAAGCUGGCCCACUACAGCGUGUCCGCCGGCGUCGAGUGCGUGUCUGUCUGUCCGUACAGCGCGCAGAACGCGACGCAGCGGGCGGGCAGGGCGGGCCGGACGGCGCGCGGACAGUGCUACAGACUGUACACGGAAGAGGCUUACAAUCAACUCCCCCCUCUCACGGCUCCGGAGAUCCGGCGCGCGGACCUCUCCGCCGCGCUGCUGCAGCUGCGAGCGCUGGGGAUUGAGAACCUGCUCAAGUUUCCGUUCCCGACCAAGCCUCCAGCCAAGCACGUGCUUUCAGCGCUCGAGUUGCUGCUAGCUCUCAAGGCCGUAGACAAAACCGGCGGACUGACGCAGCGCGGUGAGAUGAUGGCCGAGCUGCCUGUGCGACCGAUGUGCGCGGCCAUGUUGGUUAAUAGCGGCGAGUACGGCUGUAUAGACGAGAUACUGACUAUAGUGUCGAUGUUACAAGUCGACGGUAUAUUCAUGAAGGGGAGCGGUAAGAGCGCAAUAGAGGCCAGGGUCGCCAGGAGGAAUAACUUUGAGGUGGCGGAAGGUGACAUACUAAUGUAUCUGAACGUGUACGACUCGUACGCGGCGGUGCGCGAUACAAGAGCAGCCAAAGAGUGGUGCCGGCGACGGUACAUCAACCACAGGGUUAUGGAGAAGGCUUAUGAAAUAAGAUGCAGCUUAGAGAAGUUAGUGAAGAACAAGUUCAAACUGGAAGACGCGGUGUUUGAGGGACCGGAUUUAGGGACGGGCAAAACCAUCCGCAUAAUGAAGGCAGUUCUCUCCGGGUUAUUCCCGGCGGCAGCGCGUCUCACCCCGUCCGGUUACCGCGGGCUGCGCGGCGCCGAGCUGUAUAUCAGUGGUGAUAGCUGUCUGUAUCACACGCAGCAGCCGAGCUGGCUAGUCUACGCGUCUAUAUCGACGUCCUCCGACAGAACGCUCAUGCGAGACCUCAUGGUGGUGCAGCGGGAGUGGCUGCUGGAGGUCGCGCCGCACUACUACAGGCUUACUUAACGCACCUGCAGCUCUCCCGGUGAUGCGGAUCGCACUUACAACUUCUCCAGUGAUGCAAAUCGCAGUUGGAAGUCCUCUAGUGAUGCGGAUAG